GUUCUGCUUUCCUUGGCUGAUCUAGAUGCAAAUGCUCCUCAUCAUUCCUGACAGUUUCCCAACCUUUAUCUCAUAGCCAGGAGGAUCGAACAAGCUCCUGAAGUAAUCUACUGCAGCAUUUUUCUAUAACCUUUACUUUGAUUGACUUUUUUUUUUUAAAUACAGAGGUCCUGUCUAAAUACCCCAAAUUUAGCAUGUUGGGCAAUCUUAAUUUACAGACAAAUGAGGUGCAAGAGCAUUAGCAAUUGCUUUCCUGGUAUUACUGUUUCCCUGGUAAGUGUAUAAGGCUUAAGCUGUUGCCUUGUGCAUCACAUGUAUAAGCAAAAGGAGCUGGAGGGAAGCUUUUACAGUAAUACAUCGCAGUGCUUAACCUGCUGAGUCUGGACAGAUAGGACCAGCUGCACUCAUCAAUUUCCCUGUUGCUAUUUUCAAAGCCCUGUGGGCAGCUGUGAAAUGAAAGAAUCCCGUGCAUUUCCUCCCUCUACCUGGUAUUACCAUGGAGAGCAGUCUGGGGACUCAGGAGAAGGAUCCAUAUUUUAGCCCAGCUUCCUGUUGAGCCCUGGUUUGAAGAUGGGGAAAACUUAGACUGCAAAGGGGAGAAAACUGGCAGUUAUCAAACUGUGUGGAGCCUGGUGUGAGAGAUGGAGUCAGAAGGCUUCAACACGAGCAUCCUGCUGCCCCAUCUCCUUGGGUGUGCGGGCUUAGCUUUUCCCUGGGGCUGUGCAAUAGCUGAAUUCUGGUGAUACUUUUUUUCUUUAGCUAGAACUGUGUAUGAAGUAGCACCUACUGUCUGCAGAGGAUGGCUCUGUCUUGCCAGAAGUCAUUUGUAUGAUGCUACUGCUGCACAGCACUGCUACUGUUAGCCUGUAAGCCUUUCAGGGAUUACCACUCCAAGAAAGUGUGGGGCUGUCUGAAGGAGCACUGUUUGUAAUGCACUGUCAUCAUAAUUUGUGCGGCCUUCUGUGGUGGCAGAGCUUUGUAUUCUCACAGAAGGCAUGCCACAGCCGUGUAAAUAAAACAGAAGGGAUUAAGAGAGAAGAAAGUGAGGUGGCAAAGGUGAGGAAAGGAAUAGCAGGAGGGCCCUCAGUAGUAUUACAUUUAAGAACCGAGAGAGAAGUGUAGAGAAAGAACUGCUGUCAUCCACCCAAUAAACAGGUGCUCUGGUUGAAGAUACCACUGUCCUUCACUGUCUGCCCUUUGCUGAAAAUCACUGUUUCCAAGGUAGAAAAAUGGUUGCCUGCUUCUGGCCUGAAUCAGCUGGGUUACUGUACUGUUUAAAUACACAAUGGUACAAUUUGCAUACAUACUUUGCAUUAACUCUACUGAUGUUUGCAUGAUGUGUUUUGGUAGCGCACAUAAAUACUUGUACUGGCAAAACUGUCAAAGCAGCAGCUAUCGUCCUACGGUUAGGGCUGGCAUAGGCUGGUCAAUUGCCUCCCUGCUGUGAUAGGUUAAUGGUGUGCUUGAAAAAACAUUGCUCCUUUCAUGGAGCAAUGAUGGGGAUAAACAUGAAAUAAAAGCAGCAAAUCGCUCUUUCUUACUUUCAGUCUCCUAUUUGCUGCUGAAUUCCUGGUUAAUGUAAACAAAAUAAAAGCAUCUAAAUUUUCAUCUGUCAGGACUUGGCAGUCUUGGCCUCUGUAGAGAGAAACUUCAUGUGAGCUGCUUAAGAAAGCUGUGGUGGUGCAGUUCCAUUUGGGAGGCAGAAGGAACAGCAAAGCAGCACUUGCAGGAUUGCAUUAUUGAUCUGUGCCCAUUACAUUCGGGCUGAUGUCUGUUGUACUUAUGCUAAUGCAAAGAAAAGGAGUGUUGUUUGCAAAGGAAAAAGUUAGUGCUCACGAUACCAUCUCUAACUUCAGCUGGGGAAAAUCAAACACUCGGAGCUGAAAACCUCUUCUUUGAAGAGGAAGAGGAAACUGAGACACUCCAGAGAUCUUUACCACUCAGCGCAUCGUGUAUCGACCAAAUCUUUUGUAAAUGCAUUUGCUGUAAUAUGCAAAGAGAAAUUCUCUUGCUAAAGGCUUUUUUGCUGCUUGAAGUUAGAUAUUCCUUACCAUUGGAAACCUGAUUUUGUGGGCUUUCUCAGGGGCUGGGAAUUAAGAGCAGUGCCAGUUAGAGACCUGCAGAUUUGCAUCUUUCGAGCAGUGUUUCAACAUAGGAGCAUAUCUGCAGAGGUGCGAUUUCGUAAGUCUAGCAUACAGCCUUUGUCCACCCGGGGAUAUUCCUGUGGUCUUUGAAGUGUGGAAUUGCACUUUUCACUACUUCGGGAUUAAGGAGAUUUUGGGCUUCUGAGCAGCGUCUCAGUGGUGAGAGAUACAAAUAAUGAUAUCCAGCAGCAGCUGCGGUGUAUUCUGGAACAGCGUUCUGCCCUGAGGGGUGUUUGAGAACACUGAACUUUCCUGCCUUCUGCUGAAUACAGUGUUUUGUCUACUAAAUAUUUGUCUCGGGCUUGAACCUACACUUAUAUGGAGGUUUCUGUAGGAGAGCACUAAUUCAAUGGGAUUAACUUUAUUUUUAACUACAGGAUACUGUAUCUUUCUUCUUUGAAGGAAGGAGCUAAUGAGAGACUAGCAAGAGGAGGCAAAUAUCAGUUAGUGACUGACGUGAAGGUACCUCAUUCUCUUAAUGUUGGUGAUACUAAAUGCGUGCUCAUUUCUUCCCUGUGUGGAUAGGAGUUGGCAGAAUAGCCUCAAGAUUCACCAGAAAUGCCACAAGUGGUGUAGGAAAUGUUGUUUCAAGUCUCUCUGCUGCUGCUGCGGUGACACAGUAACUGUAGAAGAGAGAACAGUUAACAGUGGUUAAGCGGGAAUGACCAGUAUCAGCAUCUACCAGCCAGCUUUGUGUGAAUUGGCAGUUGAACUGUCUUCCUGCUGUUCUCGUGGUGGGUGCAGGUUGUUCUGAACAACCCAUGUCUUCCAGAACAUCCUGAACAUCUUUCUGUCUCACAGAGCAUAUCAGAGUAACGUUCCAAAAGGUGUUCAGCUGUCAGUUGCCUGUGCAACUGGGGAUUUCUUACUCUCGCCCUGCAGCGUUUUGUGGCGUGGCUUUGCUGAUCAGAAGAUGGUAUUUGGGUGGCUUUGUCGCUUCUGUUUCAUGUUGAGAGCAUACAUAUUAAGAUAGCAAGGAAAAAGUGUAGCUGCACCUCUGUGGAGUUGUGCCAUUUGAGGAGCUGGUGAGAUCAGACCAUCAGCGUGGCAGUUGCUGUAGCGAUGGCCAGGAGGGGCUGAAGUUAACCUGAUGGAAGGCUCUGGGAAGCUCAGUAAGUCUGCCAAGUGCUGCACUGAUCGUAUUCAUUCAGUGUUUGUUGAUAGCUGUGGAGGGCUGUUAUUUUGGUGCUGUUUUCUGAUCAAAAACUGCUACUGCAUUUUUCAUAAUUUAAAAAGGAAGCCCUGUUAAUACUGCCCACAAAUAGUCCUGAGAGACAGAGAUGUGAAUGAGAUUGUGAAUCAUCUGAACUCGGCAAGUGCAGCAGAAUUUCAGGAGCGUUAAGGAACGGUGAUCAGAAGUCUGCAAAGUCUUUGAAAUACACACAGUGUGACUCCAUUGUUGAAUCAAACAAUUGGGACUUGACUGGCAUAGAGUCCAUGGACCAAUGUCGUCACACGCUGGAGCAGCACAACUGGAACAUAGAGGCAGCUGUGCAGGACCGGUUAAAUGAGCAAGAAGGUGUCCCAAGUGUCUUUAACCCACCUCCAUCUCGGCCGUUGCAGGUCAAUACAGCAGACCACAGGAUCUACAGCUAUGUUGUUUCAAGGCCACAGCCAAGGGGCCUUUUAGGAUGGGGUUACUACUUCAUAAUGCUUCCAUUCCGAUUUACCUAUUACACAUUACUUGAUAUAUUUAGGUUUGCUCUGCGUUUUAUACGUCCUGAUCCUCGUAGUCGGGUUACUGACCCAGUGGGUGACAUUAUUUCAUUUAUUCAUAUGUUUGAGGAAAAAUAUGGGAGGAUACACCCUGUCUUCUACCAGGGAACUUACAGCCAGGCACUGAAUGAUGCCAAGCGGGAGCUGCGCUUCCUGUUGGUUUAUCUUCAUGGAGAUGAUCACCAAGAUACGGACGAAUUCUGCCGCAAUACGCUGUGCGUACCUGAGGUGGUCGCCCUCAUAAACACUAGAAUGCUCUUCUGGGCUUGCUCAACCAAUAAACCAGAGGGAUACAGAGUUUCCCAGGCUCUGCGGGAGAACACGUAUCCAUUCCUGGCUGUGAUCAUGCUGAAAGAUCGCAGAAUGACUGUAGUUGGGCGGCUAGAAGGCCUCAUCCAGGCUGAUGACCUUAUUAAUCAACUGAUGUUCAUCAUGGAUGCCAACCAGACAUACCUGGUGUCUGAACGCCUGGAAAGGGAAGAGAGGAACCAAACCCAAGUACUGAGGCAGCAGCAAGAUGAGGCUUAUUUGGCAUCCUUGCGUGCAGACCAGGAAAAAGAACGUAAGAAGAAGGAAGAACGGGAGAGAAAGAAGAAAAAGGAGGAGGAAGUGCAGCAGCAAAAACUAGCAGAGGAGAGACGGCGACAGACGCUGCAGGAGGAGAAGGAACGGAAGUCGGAAUGCCUUCCUCCUGAGCCACAUCCUGAUGACCCAGAGAGUGUGAAGAUCAUUUUCAAGCUGCCUAACGAUUCCAGAGUGGAGCGGCGAUUCCACUUCACACAGUCAUUGACGGUAAUCCACGACUUCCUGUUCUCCCUGAAAGAAAGCCCUGAAAAGUUCCAGAUUGAAGCCAACUUCCCUCGCCGUGUCCUGCCCUGCCUCCCUACAGAGGAGUGGCCCAACCCACCCACGCUGCAGGAGGCCGGACUCAGCCACACGGAAGUCCUCUUUGUGCAGGACCUCACGGACGAUUGACAUUUUUCCAGAAGACACAAAUUGGAAGAGAAAUUCAUAUUAUUAUUAUAAUACAAUAUUUUUUUUUAAAGACUGCGUACAAAUGAGGGAUCAGAGACCACAAUGCCUGUGCCAGCUGUGCUGUGUGUGUGUGCACGCUGGCAAGAGGAAGUGUGUGCACGUCCUCUCACACCCAUGUACACAGCCAUCCCCUACACUCGGAGGGCAGAGAGGGAGGGGAUGUGGUGUUGCCCCUCUCCCUUCCUAGGGGAGGAACAGGAAUGGCAGCUCUUGGUAAUUAUUGCUUUUAUUGAUGACAAUAAUAAUAAAACCCCGACAACCUGAUAUCUUGUGAGAAUUUGAUACUCUGCUGCUCCUGCCAGCCAGAAGACCAGGCACCUGAAUGUGCUGGAAGUGGGGUUUGGGAAAGGGCUGGACAGAAUUUCUUCAGCUUCCCUCUCUGUAUAAAUACUUUUCUUUUAAUAUUUCUCUUGCUUUGUAAUGACCAAAGGAGAAUGGGGUUGACUAUAGUAUUAACUUUUUGAUAAAGAGCUGGUUCGAUUCUUACCUGUGUGGGACCUUGCCCAGGGUUCUUAGCCUGCGUAGUGUAAUAAACUCUGCCUCUAGCA